CAAAAAACAAAAAAACACAAAAAAGGAGCAGAUGGUCGUCCGUUUAAGGCAAAUGGUCAUCCAGAAGGAGCCAUUAGGGGGCAGACGGCCGUCCAUCCUCGCCAGACGGCCAUCCAGAGGUUCCCGUUGGGGGCAGACGACCGUCCACCCUUGCCAGACGACCGUCCAUGGGUAG